GAGGCGUCUCGCGCGUUUCCCAAACUCUCCCAUCUCCGGUGCUCGUCCCGGAGCCGGUUGGCCGCAGGCAUGUCCAGGAAGAAGGCGGCCAGAGGCAAAGGGGGCUCCCGGAGCCCCAGGGCGUCGCCGGGCGGCGGCAGGACGGCGAAGGGUCUGGCCGCUGCCGGCGCUCCGUCCUCCGGCCUGGUGUACCCGAGCAGACCGUCCAUCAGCCACAGCGGAGAGUUUUAUGACGUCGCCUUCAAGGUGAUGCUGGUGGGGGAUUCAGGUGUGGGGAAGACCUGCCUGCUGGUUCGCUUCAAAGAUGGAGCCUUUCUAGCCGGGAGCUUCAUCUCCACCGUGGGCAUCGACUUCAAGAAUAAAGUCAUGAGCAUUGACGCCGUGAAGGUCAAACUGCAGAUCUGGGACACCGCUGGACAAGAGCGUUUCCGGAGUGUCACACACGCGUACUACCGCGACGCCAACGCUCUCCUCCUUCUCUACGACGUCACCAACAAAGCAUCCUUCGACAACAUCCGGGCGUGGCUGACGGAGAUCCACGAGUACGCUCAGCGGGACGUGGUGGUCAUGCUGCUCGGCAACAAGGUCGACUCAACGCACGACAGGAUGGUGAAGAGAGAGGAGGGAGAGAAACUGGCCAAGGAGUUUGGAGUGCCCUUCAUGGAGACGAGUGCUAAAUCUGGACUGAAUGUGGAGCUGGCCUUCACUGCAGUGGCCAAAGAACUGAAGCACAGGACCAUGAAGGAGUCCGAUGAGUCAAAGUUUCAGCUGCAGCAGUACGUCGACAAAGAAAUGAGGACCGCCGGCUGCUGCCGCUCGUAGACCACGCCCCUGUGCCCGUUUGCCUCUGUGUGUGUGUGUGUGUGUGUGUGUGUGUGUGUGUGUGUGUGUGUGUGUGUGUGUGUGUAUGUUUGUGGGACAAUUAUCACGCAAAUUCUCAGUGUUUGUAAUAUUUCUAUAAGUGGUGA